AUGGCCACUCUUGAUAUAUGCGCCUUUUCAUGCAAAGGCAUAGACAUGGCUAUCAAGAACUACCGGCCCUGGACGAAUUGCAAAGCGGCCGCUGCAUUCCUCGUACCAUGGGUACACAAGACAGCCAACAUGACAGAUCUCGUGACCUAUCUGCAAUCCUUUGGCGGCACAGACGUUCCCGAGUACAGAGCCAUGAACUGGUUCUUCUGCGCAAAAGAGUGCGCCAACAGGGAGAUGAACCAGUGGCUGAUUCACAAGCCUAUGACUAUAUGCAAGGAUGAAAUGUGCGAGGUUUGGGAGUGGGAUGGCGACGCGGACGUUGUUGGCGUCGGGAUGAUGCUCGUUUACUUGAUGGGUGCCAUCCUCGCCAGCCUCUACGUCGCAUCAUUUUUAAGCAGUAUGUAUGUCGAGAACGAUUACACCACCUUCAAAACUCGAACACCAUGCAAAGAACAAGGUUUCUGGGACAACAUUCGCAGCAUGUUCUACAAUAGCCUCGGUGCAUUCCAUACGGGCUUGGGACUUUUGGCAGCGUCGGUCCUACUCGCUACUCUGAUCAUCUGCGGUCGGAAGGAGAGCGUGUACGACAUUAACAUGUCUCGACUCGCCUGUGCUAUUUUGACAGCUAGUUACUUCCUCACCCUUCCUGUCUACGUUGAUAUUGAGCGGAAGAAAAAAUCUGGAUACUUUAUGGGUUUCGUCAUAUGGUUGCUCUUUACGGUAGUGAUGUGCAUGAGUUAUACUGCCGAAGCUGCAGCGAGGUUACAUGGAAGAGUGCCUUUUGAGGCGAACUGCUGGGACUCAAAGUCAUCGUUCAAAGCUAGCAGUGCAAUCUUCGCUUUUUACCUCCUUCCGGUGGUCAUUGCGAUGCUCGCCGGUUUGGCAUACCUUGUUGGGAAGUGCACCAAGAGGCCGGCGGAUAAAGUGCCUGUGCUAGGCUGGCUCUUCUUUCGUGUACCGUGGAGGGUAUUGAGUUCUAUUUUCUUCUUCAUCUUUAUGUGGACUGCCCUUGGAAGUCUUUUCACACUGAGGGCGGAUAUUGCGAGUGUAAAUGGCGGCGGAGUCCGGGAAUCGGAGGGAUCUUGGGGCUUUGGGCAGAUCUUGGCGCUUGCGACUUGGGUUCCGGUUAUAGAGGAAGCAAUUGUCAUUCUUUACAGUGAGUUUUACUUCCUCUGUUUGGUCAUUUGUUAG